AUGACCAAUGAAAUAUCAAACGCUUUCAUGAAUGGUGCUAUUCAAAUAAAAAAUUCUCAAUCUGUUGUUGUGAUAAAAAAGACUAUCAAAAAAUUAGUUUGGAAUCUACGUGAUUAUGAUUUUAAAAAAACAUUUAAAAAACCUAAACAGUGGAAUAAUGAAUGGAAGAGACAAAUGGAAGAGUUAUUUUUCACUGGUGUCGAUGUUAGUGACACUGACGAUGGAGGUGUUAACCACAACAGUAGGUAUUGUCGUGGUAGUAGAAGUAGACAGGGUGGUGAUGAAGGCAGUGAUAGAAACCUUGGAAAUCGAGGUAAUAGAGGCUGUAGAAGUGUUAGUGACAUCAGUAAUCAUGAUAUUCAUAGUAGGGGUAAUAGAAGUAAAGGGAAAGGCGGCAAUAAUAUCAGAGAUGGCAGCGGUACGGAUUGUAGGAGUGACAGCGGUGGCGAUGGUGAAACUCAAGAUGAACAUUUAAAUAAGAAUGAUGAUGAUGAUCGGAGUGAAUUAAUGAAUGAAGUAAAAGUCUACGGGUAUGCUGUCUGUCAAUUUCAAAGUCAACAAUAUGAAGUUUACAGUGAGCCAGUGAAGUCUGAACAAAAGUUUUAUGACAAAUAUGAUAAUCAAAACAAUGGAUAUUCAUUUCAAAAUUCAACAUUUUCAACAACACAUGAAAAAGAAACCAGGAAUCAUUUAAACAUGGCAUUAACAUUUACAAUGUGUAGAGCUUGUGGACUACCAAUUGACAGUUUAAUACCAAGUGUACAAUAUAUUAGAUAUUUAAUACGUAAUUCCAUCCAAUUUAAAUAUGUACAUAAAUCUCCAGUCGGUUUAAACAAUUCAAACAAUGCUCAAUCAUUCAAUGAUCAAUGUAAUGUAAUGUAUAGUGAGGAGAAUGCAUCAAAUUCAAAUAUUUAUUCGGAUAUAAUCAAUGUAUACAGAUGUAAAGGUGAAAAACAACAGUUAAUGAAUAAUUCAAACAAUUUAAAAUUAUCAGAUGAUGAAAUUAAGUUGUUUAAAAUGACAAAUCAAGAGUUGAAUGAACAGCACGGAAGUGUUAAGAGGGAAGAAACCAGUGGAGAAAAUAAUGGCGGAAUCACCAACAGGGGAUUGUUAAAUUCAACCAAUUAUACAAAGUCCAAUGACAUUGUGAAUAAGUCAAAUCAUAAUAGUAAUAAUAACAGUAGUAAUUCACAAAUAUGUAAAAAAGAAUAUAAAUGGCGAUUAAGUGAUUUUUAUGAUUAUUUCAUAUUGGAACUACCAGACAUUUGUUCUGGUUGUAUUCCUGGCUGUAGAUAUUGUAAUGGUUUAGAUAUAUUACUUACUUUUACUUUACUUCGGCUAUCUCCUACGGGAGGAUGAGCCGGCUUCAUGAACGUCUCGAAUCAUCGCUGCCCAGGCGCGGCGAUCUGAAGCAAGGUUUUGUGAUAGGGAUAUCCAAUUCUUGUUCCACAUACGGAGUCCGUAGACCGUUUGUAGCCCCAGGCACUCCAUAUCUGCCUUGACUGUACCAAGCCAUGUCUUCAGCUGUCCGCCUCUGCGACAUCGCCAAGAUGGUAAUGGCGAGGGAUUUAGAACUGAUUUGACCAGAUCGUCAUCUGGUCGGCGCAGAACAUGGCCAAACCACCGAAGGCGGCGUUGUUGGACCAGUACUGGAAUUUGGUUGAUGUUGUAGCAACGCCGACGCACUUCUUCGUUGGAGAGUUUGUCCUGCCAACGAACAUGCAGAAUGUACCUGAGACACCAAUGGUCUAAUACCUCGAGUCUGCGUAAAUCUUCCGCGCGAAGAGGCCAGGUUUCACAGCCAUACAGCAGAACGGGUCGUAUGGAAGCUUGGUAGAUCCGAAUUUUAGUCCUGAGACUGAUUUCUCUCUUGCUCCAUAGAACGCUCCUCAGCUGUAGAAACGCAUUCCGGGCGUUGGAGAUUCGCGCAUUCACUUCGUUUUUCGCUUGGCCGUUGGGGAGCAUUAUGGAUCCCAGAUAUCUGAAGGAUGGCACAAUUUCAAUAGGUGCUCCAUUUAAGGAUAAGAUUUCAUCAUUGCCGGCGGAUGUGUUCGAAAACAUUUUGGUUUUGGAAGUGUUAAUUUUCAAACCGAUAGUAGACGCGAGGUGGUUUAUCUGGUCGAGCGCCUGUUGCAUACCGGGGAAGUUUUCAGCUAACAGCACGACGUCGUCGGCGAAUUCGAGGUCGGUUAUGUGAAUAUCGGGCGAAAGUUGGACGCCGUGGUGCUCGGUUAGGGCGUGCCGCAAAAUCCAAUCAACUGUGAAAUUGAACAGGAUGGGGGAUGCUGGACAACCUUGCCGGACACCGCUGGUUACCUCAAAAGUGCGGGACUCUUCACCGUUCACUCGGACUCGAGCUUUGGUGUUGGAGUAGUAUGACCUGAG